AUGACAACUUCAAUGGAGAAGUUUUACUAUCAACCCAGCAUCGAGGCCAAUAAACAGAAGUUACAACACGUACAUGAUGUUGCAUCGUUAGCAUUGGGUGUUGGUUCCGGGAUAUUGACAUUAGAAUCAAUGAAUGGAUUCAUAUUUUAUUUCAUAGGAAUUACGGUUGCCAAUUUACUAUUCUACAUAAUAUGCGGUGAAGGUAGACCAUCAAAGUAUUACAAGAACCCAUUACAGGAGAUAUUUGUGAGCGGAAUUUUCGACAAUAUACCUGGUUUCAUUAUGAUGUGGUGUUUGGUUUAUGCUUUAGUAAAGUCAAGCUCAUAA